CCGCCUGCCGCCCAGUGGCAGCAAGGAUGCGGAGCAGUCGGAGCUCAACAAGAUCGAGUCCCUCUCGAUAUCUGACGAUAAGGGCAAAGAGAAGGUUGACGAGAAGAAUGACGGCGAUGGGCUCCUGGACAACCCGGAGGAUUCAGAGAUCAAUGCUGUUACAUCUGGGGAUGCAGUCUAUUCAUCAGCUUUAAGUUUUGAAGAUCUGAAUCUGUCCAAGGAAUUGCUUAAGGGAAUAUAUACCGAGAUGAGAUUUCAGAGCCCUAGCAAGAUACAGGCCAUAAGCCUUCCAAUGAUCCUCACCCCACCGUAUAAAGAUUUAGUUGCUCAGGCUCAUAAUGGUUCGGGGAAGACAACGUGUUUUGUGCUUGGUAUGUUGAGCCGGGUUGAUCCCAACAAAAAAUUGCCUCAGGCUAUGUGUAUAUGUCCCACGAGGGAAUUGGCACAUCAGAAUCAAGCAGUUCUUUUAAAGAUGGGAAAGUUCACUGGCAUAACAUCAUUUCUGGCUAUUGCUGAUUCAGCUAAUUAUGUUCCGAUAUCAAAAUUGCCACCUGUGACUGAUCAGGUGGUUAUUGGCACUCCGGGUACCAUCAAGAAGUGGACGUCGGCUAGAAAACUGAGCACCAGAGAAAUGAAGAUUCUUGUGUUUGAUGAGGCAGAUCACAUGCUAGCUGAGGAUGGCUUUAGAGAUGAUUCUUUGAGGAUUAUGAAGGAGAUACAAAGCAGCAGCACUCUGGGCUGCCAGGUACUACUGUUUUCUGCCACAUUUAAUGAUGUUGUCAAGGCAUUUGUAUCAAGGGUUGUUAAGGACGGAAAUCAGAUCUUUGUCAAGAAAGAAGAACUCACACUUGAUAAAGUGAAGCAAUAUAAGGUUAACUGUCCUGAUGAGCUCGCCAAAAUUGAAGUCAUAAAAGAUAAGAUUUUUGAAUUUGGGCAAAAGGUGGGACAAACUAUAAUAUUUGUGCAAACAAGGAAUAGUGCCAGAAUGUUACAUCAGACAUUAUCUAAAGAUGGUUAUGAGUGUACGGCAGUCCAAGGCGCCUUGAAGCAAGAAGAUAGGGACAAGAUUAUCAAGGAAUUCAAAGAUGGAAUAACAAAAGUCCUUAUUACAACAGAUCUCCUUGCUCGAGGUUUUGAUCAGUCACAGGUUAAUUUGGUUAUCAAUUUUGAUCUCCCUGUUAAGCAUGAUUUCCCAUCAGAGCCUGAUCACGAAGUUUAUUUGCAUAGAAUUGGCAGAACUGGAAGAUUUGGUCGCAAAGGUGCUGCAUUCAACUUGCUGUGCUCAGAUAGGGAUCGGAUGCUUGUACAGAAGAUUGAGCGCCAUUUUAAUCACAUUAUACCCGAGGUAGAAGAUUGGCAAAGCGAUGAAGCUUUUGAAAAAGCUCUCAAAGAUGCUGGCUUGCUGUAGAUUUUCUGUUGAAAUGCCACUCUGCUCCCACUGGAAUGCUCCAUAAUUUUUUGGCCGAUAUUUACUACAGAGAAUUGUUUGUUUUAUAUUGAGCUUUGUCUAGAUUUUUGAAACUAUGUGGGGGUCAAUCAUGGGUGGAAACACCUUAUAGUGAGGGGGUGAGCAUUUGCCCACUCUCAAUUUAUGAUUCUUCCAAUCAUCAUAAAAAAUUACACAACUUAACCACUUUUCUAUAUGUAGUGUUGUAAAAUUUUACAUUCUUAUCUAUUAAUAUUUACCUUUCAUAAAUUUGAUAA